CUAAUCUCUCUCUCGCACAGACUGAGUGACGGACUACUCGAAACCAACUCUCCCUCGUUUUCUCCGCACCCAAACCCCCUCUGCUUUCUUCGCUAUUCCCCAGCAACCUCCACUCCACCACCACAACCGCCGCCGGCGUCAAUGGCUGCUUCCGUUUCCUUCUCCUCCUCCGUCUCCUCCUCCUCCACCCCCCUCCUCCGCCCAUCCUCCAUCCUGCUUGGCCGCCGCCGUGCCCCUCGCCUCCUCACCGUCCGCGCAAAGAUCCGUGAGAUCUUCAUGCCCGCCCUCAGCUCCACCAUGACCGAGGGCAAGAUCGUCAGCUGGGUCAAAUCCGAGGGUGACGUUCUCUCCAAGGGCGAACCCGUUGUCGUCGUUGAGUCCGACAAGGCCGACAUGGACGUCGAGACCUUCUACGACGGGAUACUGGCCGCCAUUGUCGUCAACGAGGGAGAGACUGCCCCCGUAGGUGCGCCGAUUGGCCUUCUGGCCGAGACGGAGGAUGAAAUUGCCGAGGCUAAGGCUAAAGCCGCGGCCCAAUUUACGUCAGCAACCCCGCCGCCCAUGACCGAGGCGUCUGCUCCGGUCGCCGUGAAGACUGAAUCUCCAUCUCCGGCGACUGCACCAGCCCCAGCUUCAGCUUCGGCAACUCCGGGGAAGAUUGUGGCGACGCCGUACGCGAAGAAAUUGGCCAAGCAGCAUAAGGUGGACAUCAACAAAUUGGCCGGCACAGGGCCGUUCGGGAGGAUUACGCCAGAAGAUGUAGAGAAGGCGGCUGGAAUCACCCCCAAGGGGAAUGUUACAGUGUCCGCUGGUCCACCUACGCCUACGCCAGCGCCAUCCCCAUCCCCACCAAAGGCUGCGGCUAGUUUGCCCGAGAUCCCAGGGUCAAAAAUAGUGCCGUUCACUGCAAUGCAGGCUGCUGUGUCUAGGAACAUGGUGGAGAGCCUGAGCGUGCCGACUUUCAGAGUCGGUUACCCCAUUGCCACAGACGCCCUUGAUGCUCUGUACGAGAAGGUUAAGCCGAAGGGUGUUACUAUGACUGCACUGUUAGCAAAAGCUGCAGCAAUGGCAUUAGUACAACAUCCAGUGGUGAACGCAACGUGUAAAGAUGGAAAGAGUUUUACUUACAACAGCAGUGUUAAUAUUGCUGUGGCUGUGGCGAUUAACGAUGGGUUGAUCACGCCUGUUCUUCAAGAUGCUGAUAAGUUGGAUCUCUAUCUGUUGUCGAAAAAAUGGAAAGAGCUGGUCGAGAAGGCUCGGGCUAAGCAACUUCAGCCCCAUGAGUUCAAUUCAGGGACUUUCACAUUAUCAAAUCUGGGCAUGUUUGGAGUGGAUAGGUUUGAUGCUAUCCUACCUCCAGGACAGGGUGCUAUUAUGGCUGUGGGAGCAUCAAAGCCUACUGUUAUAGCUGGUAAAGAUGGAUUCUUCAGUGUUAAAAAUCAAAUGCUGGUGAAUGUUACCGCUGAUCACCGAAUCAUCUAUGGGGCGGACUUGGCUGGUUUCCUUCAGACAUUCUCAAAGAUCAUUGAGAACCCAGAAAGCUUGACGAUACUAGUGAAGUGCGUAAUCAAACAGCAUUCUUACCACCCUUCAGCCUCGGCCACUAAGCUCAACCUCAUCCCCUUGGCCCCCACGAGCCUGAACCGGCUUAAAUGUAUAAUACUUGGCACAAAUAAGAUAAUAAAUGAAAUUGAAAAACUGCAUCAGCGUAAUCAACCAAUACAGAUACUCCAACUUCCCCCGAUUCAGAUUCCGGUCUGGCAGCCAGUCACUGAACCUGUGCACCAACGUCACCAAAAGCGUGCUCGUGUAGUUUCCAGCCGAAAUCGAGAGCCAGAACAAUGCAGGGGCCGUGCUGCGCAUGCUCUCGGGCGCCUGAUCGUAGAAAAACUCGAGAUGCCCGAUGGACAUGAACGCCUCCGCCACCCCGUGCAGACAGUACUGUGGCACGAGCCACACAAAUGA